AUAUAUUGGCUCUGCUUUUUUUCCUUCCAGGGAGGUCAAUAUAUCCUCAAUCUUGUGGACUUUUUUGGCGCAUCAUUUAUCGCAUUUUUUCUCGCCAUUGCUGAAUUGAUGGCAAUAGCGUGGAUUUAUGGUGUGAAGAGAUUCUGCAGAGAUGUGGAGUUUAUGCUGCAGAAGCCAAUUGGGCUGUACUGGAGGAUUUGUUGGGGAUUCAUCACACCCACAAUGAUGAUCAUCAUUCUCAUCUACACUAUCGUGAAGCUGCAACCGCUGACUUAUCGUGAUCAGCCUUAUCCAACCUCAGCCUACAUCGCUGGCUGGAUUCUCUUCUCCGUUGGCGUUCUGCAAUUCCCCAUCUGGGCUUACUACGCCGUCAGACAGCAGAAGGGCGAGAGAUUGAGGGAGAGAAUCGUCUCCUCGUGUCAGCCAGAAGUCAACUGGGGUCCGCUGGAUGAAAAGCUUCUCCGCGAGUACAGAGAAUUCACUGCCAGAUACACAAUAGAGGCUGAACCGCACUUGAAGCAGAUGAAUUUCUUCGAGAAAAUCCGUGAUCGAAUAUUCAAUUAAUUAACAACGUCAUGGAAAAAUCUGGGUUGACAAUAUUAUGAAUUUGAGUGUGUAAUUAAAUGCAAUUUUGUUGCAAAAGUAGUU